AUGGCGGCGGUGGCCGGAGCCGGGAGGGCGAGGGGGGCGAGCCUGGCGGCGGCCGUGCGGGCCGUCGCGGCGACGGCGCGCCCGGCGUCGAGCGCCGCUGCCGCGGCGGGGGUGAGCGUGGCGGCGGUCGUCCUCAAGGGGAAUGACACGCCAUUCGGGUCGGUCGGGUGGUGGGCGUACGCCGGCAUCUCCUGCUUCCUGGUGCUCUUCGCCGGGAUCAUGUCGGGGCUCACCCUCGGGCUCAUGUCGCUCGGCCUCGUCGAGCUCGAGAUCCUCCAGCGCAGCGGCACCGACUCCGAGAAGGCGCAGGCUGCUACUAUCCUUCCAGUUGUUCAAAAGCAGCACCAACUUCUUGUCACCCUGCUACUGUGUAAUGCUGUUGCCAUGGAGGCUCUUCCUAUAUUCCUUGACAGGAUUUUUCAUCCUGUUGUCGCUGUUGUCUUGUCAGUGACAUUUGUUCUUGCUUUUGGAGAGGUUAUACCACAAGCAAUCUGUACUAGGUAUGGGUUGGCGGUGGGUGCUAACUUUGUAUGGCUUGUACGUAUCCUCAUGAUCAUGUGCUAUCCUAUUGCAUACCCUAUUGGGAAGCUCCUAGACUGCGCUCUUGGGCAUAAUGAAUCUGCACUCUUUAGGCGAGCUCAACUGAAAGCUCUUGUUUCUAUACACAGCAAAGAGGCUGGUAAGGGUGGGGAGCUUACCCACGAUGAGACUACAAUCAUAAGUGGAGCUUUGGACUUGACUGAAAAGACUGCUCAAGAAGCUAUGACACCUAUCGAAUCAACUUUCUCACUAGACGUGGACUCCAAAUUGGAUUGGGAAGCAAUUGGUAAAAUUCUUGCCCGGGGCCACAGCCGUGUGCCCGUGUACUCAGGAAACCCUAGAAAUGUUAUUGGCCUCCUGUUGGUGAAAAGUCUUCUGACAGUUCGUGCUGAAACAGAGACACCAGUUAGUGCGGUUUCCAUUCGAAGGAUUCCGAGGGUUCCGGCGGACAUGCCUUUGUAUGACAUAUUGAACGAGUUUCAGAAAGGGAGUAGCCAUAUGGCUGCUGUUGUGAAGGCUAGACCAAAGAAUCCUCCAGCCGACACAACUGAACCAAACAUGGAAGCAGCUGGGGCAACACAGCUGGCUGCACCCUUACUAUCCAAUGCUGAAGAAAGGGCGGAAAGUGUGGUUGUCGACAUUGAAGCACCGCAUAGCAGGCAGACUAAUGGAAACAAACACCACUCUGUGCAGCAAAACGAUAAGCCAUCGAAUGGAGUGGGUCGUUCAUCAGAGGACAUAGAGGAAGGCGAGGUCAUUGGUAUCAUCACACUUGAAGAUGUAUUUGAAGAACUCUUGCAGGAAGAGAUAGUGGAUGAAACCGACGAAUAUGUUGAUGUUCAUAAAAGGAUCCGGGUAGCUGCUGCUGCUGCCGCGUCAUCAGUUGCAAGGGCUCCAUCAGUUAGAAGAUUAACUGCUCAAAAGGCUUCCGGAGCGCAGAGCCGGCAAGGGCAGGCUGGACAGCCUGCUGGAAUUUUGAAAAAGCCUGCUACUGAAGGUGAUUCAAACCCAUCAAAACAGGUGAACCUUGUCGAACCUCUGCUGGAAAAUAGGAGGUAA